AUGUCUAGCUCAACUUUGUCCGGUGAUGACGAGAUUUUAAGAAUGUUUUUCGACGAGCAGUUUGUCUCCUUUGGUUACAUAGACCUACUGUUGUCGCCGGACGAACAAAUAGGUGGCCUACAAUCAAUAUCAUCAACGCUACUAUCCAGACUAGAUCUGUAUACAGACCGGUUGACAACACAAUUAGAGUCAAAGAUACGAAAGCUUCGAAAGCCAACAGAACUUUUGACUUACACCAAUGCAAAUACCGAAGUCGAACGCACCACAAAACUUCAGUAUUACUUGGACACCCUGAGCAACUCCGUCAAAGACCUAAAAGACGGCAUAGCAAAGGUUGAAACUGAGCUAGAAGAUCAGAAUCCAAAAGGGAGCACGGACAAUGCGAAGUCAGUGCAGGCAUUGCAAGAUCUGAAUCUGGUCAAAAAUAGACUAAUCAAAGUCUCGGUAUGUUUGGCAGAUCUUCGAGCCAUAGUGAUCGCUUCUUUUGAAGGUAUCGGUGAGGACGAAAUUCCCCAAACGGUAACCUUGGCUGAUUUCGAGGACUCCCUAAAUGUACUGGGAGAUAUUUUGUGUGCAGAUUUCAAAAGAUGUCUGACGGAAGAGACCCCAGCAAGCCGGAAUGUUGCGCUUUUGGAUAAAGUGUUAAAGUAUGAGGAGCUCAGAAAUGCUUUCAAGUGUCUCGCCAAAUUUGGCUCGGCAUACGACGUUUUCGUGGACCGCAUCAGAGCAGAAGCCGAACAGUAUCUACAAAAGAAGAAUAUCGACUCAACUUUCCUCUAA